AUGGAGCGUCUGAAGUUAGUCCUACAGUAUUUCCAGUCCAAUUCUGAGUCCAUCUCCAAUGGGAUUUGUAUCAUCCUGGCCUUGGUCAGUGUUAAGCUCUACACCAGUUUCGACUUUAACUGCCCAUGCCUUCCUCAGUACAACAAACUGUACUCUCUGGGUAUCAUGAUUGUCCCGCCAAUCAUUCUGUUCUUCCUGGGGGUCCUGGUUAACAGACAUACGGGUGUCAUGAUGGAUGAAUGGAUGAGACCCAUUGGGAACAGAUCCAAAAAUCCUGCUGUGGUGAAGUACCUGUUCUCAGCCAUGCUCCAGAGGGCCUUACUGGCCCCAAUGGUGUGGCUCCUGGUCACUCUGCUAGAUGGAAAGAUCUUUAUCUGUGCCUUCAGUGUCAGUGUAGACCCUACACUUUUCUCAGGCUUUCCCAACAGUACAGAUCUGGAUGUAAUCAAAAUCAUGGCCAAGGUGCCCUGUAAGGAGGAUGUUAUCUUCAACAACACCUCUUUCCACAAAGCAGUUUCUCGUUACAUUCGCUGCUAUUCACAGGCAGUUGGCUGGUCCAUCCUUUUCUUCCUGAUUGUGCUGGGAGCAAUGGCACGCCUCAUCAAGCCUUGUUUUGACGAUCACGCCACCUUCCUGCAGACGCGCUACUGGAGCAACUACCUCGAUCUGGAGCAGAAGCUUUUUGACGAAACCUGCAUCCUACAUGCUCGUGACUUUGCCCGGAAAUGUGUGGUGCAGUUCUUUGAGGACAUGAGAGAGGACACCAUUCUCUGUCUUCCCCACCCGCCCUUCAUCACCAACUUUGGAGAGGAAUGGGAGGAUGAAGAAGAGGAGAGACUUCAUGGGAUAACCAAGCAAGAGCAGAUGGACCAGUUGCUCAACAAGUGGUACUACAGUAAACCUGAACUGAACGUGACCAGGAUUGCCCACAGGCCCAGAAUGUGUGUUACCUGGAAGGACUGUAAAGGGAAGACUUUAUACAGUGAUGUCUAGG